AUUUUAGAAUUGGCCGAAGUGUGCGCUCGUUGCUUGAGGGCAUGGUUGACGGAGGCCUGUUGUAUGAUGUGCCAGGCUUGAUCGGUGUGCUUGGUCUUGACAUGUGUCUGCUCGAGGUCGAUGAGGAUGAUGAGCAACAGUCUUCCCCUCCUCCUUCGUCUGGUAGCGGUUUAUUCGAUAUGAGGGGCGUGGCUGGCGUGCCACUACGGCCCCCCUUGAGCUUCUUGAACAUGACGGUAAGUGAAGGCGAGGUGGAUUGGUCCGACAGAGAUAAAUGAAGUUCUUGACAGUGCGGAGGGGAAGAAUGAAGGCGACGUGGGGAGAGAAGGAGAAAUGAAGAUCAAGAGGGCUGAUCAAGAAGAAGGGGAAGGGAAACAGUUAAGCAGGGUUCGAUCGCUUUAUAUUGAUUUCAGGAGCGAACGUUACCUGGUCGUGACAGAAAGAAGGACGAGUGAAGUGUCGUGAAAGCCUCGUAGCCCCGCACGGGCCAGCGUAGUCAGCUAAGGACGCUGAUAUGGGUGGGGGGGUGACGCGUGCAGGACAGGAGGGAGUGAGUGAGGGGGGAAGAAAUACCCUCCUCGAGUCUGACACGAGGCUUGGAACUCUUAUGGCAAUCUAUUUAGGCUCCCAAGAAACACUGGCCAAUCACAGCGCGCGUACCGCCUCACGUGACUCCAAAAUCAGCUUUUUGGGCGUUUAUAUGGCCAUGCCUCCUCAGCUCUCUCUCCACCGCAUGGCACAACAAAGCAUGCUCCACCCAGAUGCCUUUCUCCCUGUAACACAGCAAGUGUUCCACUAUCACCCCCGUGCGUUCGCCUGGGUCCUGCAAGUUACCCCACCAGAACAGCCCUCCACCGCCUUAUCAUGCGACAGAAGAAAAAAAAGAACACGUUUCUCGACGUCGAACCCCAUUACACCGCUCUGGAUACUAAAUGUGUAACAGGUUCAGCGCAUGGCUAUAUGACUCAGUCCUGUCCUUGUCGUGACGCCCGGUUAAUUCUACCCUCCUAAGCGCCUUCUAUGUCGCAGGGUCGCAGCAUUGUGUACGUAGCACUUCCAAAUUGAUAUUUCCUACAUAUAUUCCGCAGAAUAUCUGAUUGAUAAGGCAGUGAAUGCGCGUUUGUCAGUUACGAUUACCCCUAACUAGGAUCGUGGGUAACGCAUCCAUAGAGGUACACUGUACAAUGUAAACGCUACCUAGAGCAUAAACACUGAGCAUUGAUAUGAUGUAGACCUAA